AUGGGGUUAGGUGUGCUCGAAGAUCGAAGCUCUCUUCCGCAUGUCCCUGGAACCGUGCAGCUCAAUGAGAGCAGCACUGGGGACGGCAAUGGCGCAGCACGCAUGCUCAAACAUGGCACGGGUCGCGAUUCGGACGUUAUUCUAUCUCCCCAGCCGAGUGAGGACCCCAAUGAUCCUCUCAACUGGCCACACUGGCGUAAAGAGCUCAUCAUUGGCAUCCUUUCUUUGGGCGCCAUGCUGAAUGCCGGGACCAACGGUCCGUUGCUGAAUGCUAGCUACUUCCCGAUUUCCGAACAGCUAGGAACGAGCCUCACUCGCGUGGUACUUGCUUCCGGCUACAAUCUUCUCGCGGCCGGCUGCAUCGGCCCAUUCGUGGCGGCUUUCAGUCGAAAGUUCGGCAAGCGUCCGGUGUUCCUUGUAUCGACGCUGUUCGCCAUCGUCGGGACAGCAGUCGGAGAGGCCUCGAUCAGCUUCCAGUAUCUCCUGGCCGCACGUAUCAUCCAGGGAUUCUCCACGUCUGCGUUCGAGUCUCUGAUCGUUGCUACUGUCGGAGACAUCUACUUCGUCCAUCAGCGCGGCUUGCGAAUUAGCUUCAUCAACUUCAUCCUCAACAGCGCAUCCUCCUUGGCUUCCAUCAUCUGCGGGGUGGUGUACGCGGAAAUGGGAUACCUGUGGCUCUUCCACCUCUUCCAGAUCUUCCUGGUCAUCCAGUUCGUCGCCAUGUUCCUGUUCUGCCCGGAAACGACCUACAACCGCGACUCGAGGUACGACACCGACGAGACUCGUCUGGAGAAGCUGGACGAACUCGCCAAGGUCGAGAUGCACCAUCACGAGGCGGCCUUGACUUCCACGGACGUUCCUCCAAAGAAGACCUUCGUUCAAUCGCUGGCUGUGUUCACUGGGGUCUACUCCCCCGAUAGCAUCUUCAAGUUCCUGCUCGGGCCCUUCAUCACUUUACUCAACCCGGCCGCUUGCUACGCAAUCAUCGUCUCCGGCUUGCUAAACAGCUGGUACGUCGGCAGCGCAAUCAUCAUCUCGGGUAUCUUCGCUGGUCCACCAUGGACAUAUGGCGCUGCGCAGGUGGGAUACCUAGGAGCCGGACCAUUCAUUGGCGGCAUGCUAGGCUCAAUAUUCGUGGGCUGGUUGUCCGAUCCGGUCAUCAAGUGGAUUUCUAAGCGCAAUGGCGGCACCUAG